AUGGGAAAUAAUAAAUCACGUACAAGUACAUCAAUAUUUGAUGAUGAAGAGAAGGAAUUUAUCUAUAAAUUACCACUCAAUCAUGAUAAAUAUUAUUACAUUGCAAUCUAUAGAAAAAUAGGAGAAGAAACAACAUUUAAACAAGUUGUUGAUUUUAAAUUAUUAGAUUCAAAUUCAACUAAUUAUCCAUUUCAUAGACAAAUUGAAAAUAGUGUACUACCCUAUGUAGGUGAUGAUAGUAAAGAACGUUUAAUGAGAAAACAUUCAAAAGUUACUUUAUCUUCUAAUUCUAACACUACUGCUACUACUGCUACUGCUACCUCUACAUCUAAUACAUCUACUACAACAACAACAACACUAUCUUCACAAUAUAUAUCAUCAUCAACUUCAUCUAAUGGAUCUUUAUUAUAUUCCAAUAAUAAUUUACUAUUAGAAAGUAAAAGAAUAUAUGAUCCAAUAUAUUCAACAAUGGAAGAAUAUCAUUUUCUACAUCCUAAUAAUGAUUCAUCUACUAUUAAUAUAGAUGUUAUUGUUAUGAGAAGAAAUGGUUUUGAUGAUUCAAAUAAUUCUAAUAAUUCUAAUAAUUCUAAUAAUUCAUCAACAAUUGCAUUAAUUGGAGCAGUUUGUGAUAUAGUUUCAAAAGAAGAAAGAUCUUUAUUCAUGUUUAAAAUUAGAGAUAUUUGUAUAGAUGUAUUAAAUCAAUGUUAUAAUAAUAGUAAUACUGGUAAUGUAAUUGAUAAUUCAAUAAUUUCAAUUUCUAAAGAAGAUCAAGCUUUGAAAAAUUUAACUGAUUCAAUUAUUAAAUUAACAUCUUCAAAUAAGAGUGGUCAAGAUCAGUAA